GUCUCUGCGUCGGUCGCGAUGUCGUCUCCGUCCGAUCGCAAAGCAGAGCUGGAACGGAAGAAAGCGAAACUCGCCGCCAUGAGAGAGGAAAAGAAGAGGAAAGAGGAACGUCGAAGGCAGCUGCUCAGCACCGAAGCAGGUAAGGAGUCUCUGAUCGAAGACGCUGACAAAAUCCUCAAAGAACUUGGUAUUUCCCUCGGCCACUCCGCUUCUAGUGAAGCCAUCACGCCUACUAACGAAUCUUCCUCAGUUGCAUCUCUUUCGGCCGAUGCGCCUCUCAACGCAGCGGCUGCAUCGACUGUCAAAAAUCUCGAAAUUCGGCCGAUGGUGCAGCUUCAGAAGACUGAUACACUUCAUAUCAACGUCCCCCCGAAAGAGUCGGUGGUUUACGCCAAGUCGACCCAAACCGAAAUCGAUACGAUCGAAAAGGAUCUGACGCAUUUGCACUCGUACGAAUGGGACGACGAGUUCAGCGGCGGCGUUCAUCAACCGCAGUCUACCACUGGCACCAGCCCGGAAGAGGUAUUCGAUGCAGAAGCUUCUCCAACUCAUAUUAUCGCCGGACUGUUGCCUCAUAUCGAAAUGGUUAAGCCAGCCGAGGUACUUACCGACGAAGCGGCGCACACAGACUCAAAGACCCAUGUUUCUGAGGCACCAGAGCUUAGUGAAGAAGAAAAACGCAGCAUUAUGUCAUCUGAGGAAUUUCGACAUUUUUUUGAUCGUUCGGCUACGAUAAUCGAACGAGCUCUAAACGAAGAGGCAGACAUCUUCAAAGAUUAUUCCAAAGAUAUCGACAAGGAAAAAGCGGAUUACAGCGUGAAGAUGUCCGUCAAUCGUUGCUUCUUCGACGAGAACUAUUCGAAAAAGCGCUGCAUCACUUGCCUUGACUUCUCUCCCCAGUACCCUGAGCUUCUUGCCGUCUCGUACGACAACAACGAAGAUGCACCACACGAGCCCGAUGGCAUCGUUCUUGUCUGGAACACUAAGUUCAAACGAUCUACGCCAGAAUUUUACUUUCACUCUCAAUCACGAGUGAUGUCGGUUGCGUGGGCGAAGUUUCAUCCAAACCUGUUGAUCGGCGGCACGUACAGCGGGCGAAUCUGCCUCUGGGAUAACCGGAACAAUAAACGAACGCCGGUGCAGAAGAGCUCGCUGUCGGCCAACGCCCACACGCAUCCGGUCUACUGUCUGGACGUUGUCGGAACGUCCAACGCCCACAACCUGGUUUCGAUUUCGACCGACGGCAAGCUGUGUUCCUGGAAUCUCGACAUGCUGUCAGAACCGCAAGAAUCAUUCAUGCUGCAGAUGAAGCAGAGCCGGCCGGUCUCGGCGAUGUGUUUGUGUUUCCCUCUGAAUGACGUGAACAACUUUUUCGUCGGCGGUGAAGAUGGAUGCAUGUAUGCUGGAUGUCGUCAUGGCAGUAAGGCAGGAAUUACUGAAAUCUAUGAAGGCCACUUCGGCCCAGUAAUGGGAAUCGAUUGCCAUGCCGCCACCGGUGGUUCUGUCGAUUUCAGCAAUAUCGUUUUGACAUGCUCUGCCGACUGGACAGUCAAAUUGUGGAACACCAGGGAUCAGAAACCACUGUAUUCUUUUGAGGAUCAUAAUGACUAUGUGUACGACGUCGCAUGGUGUCCGAUUCACCCAGCUAUAUUUACUUGCGCGGACGGAUUGGGCCACCUCGAUCUUUGGAACUUAAAUCUCGACACGGAGCUGCCAAUUUCCUCGAUGACGACUAACGAUGGUUCAUCGUUCAAUAAGGUCUUGUGGUCUAAGUCAGGACAGCUGCUCGCCGCCGGCAACGAUUGUGGCCAUAUAUUCGUUUAUGAAGUGAACGAGCAAGUAGUAAAUCCACGUUCGAUUGAAUGGUCAGAAUUUUCAAAAACUCUUCACGAAUUCAAGCAAAACCAAGUCGAAUCAGAUGAAUUCUCUCAAGCUGUCGCUGCUAUCCGCUGA